AUGUCGAGGGGAAGAACUGAUGGAUCACAAAAGAAGCGCUUAGUUGCUUCCAUCUGUGCCGUGACGAUUUUCAUUGGUUUUCUGUAUGUGUACGGUGGAUCUAUCUUUGGUUCUCAAAAUAGCAGUUCAUCUGCUCUAGAAUAUGGAAAAACAUUGAGAAAACUUGGGUCGUCGUAUUUGGGUGCGGAUGAUGAUAGCGAUGGAAAGCAAGAUGAAUCUUCAUCAAGUUUCGGGCAGGGAGAUGAGGAGGACAAUUUUGUUCCAAAGAGUUUUCCUGUUUGUGAUGAUCGUCAUUCAGAGUUGAUUCCUUGCUUAGAUAGACACCUUAUCUAUCAACUGCGGAUGAAAUUGGACUUGUCUCUGAUGGAACAUUAUGAGAGACAUUGUCCUCCUGCAGAAAGGCGCUACAAUUGCUUGAUUCCACCGCCAUCAGGAUACAAGGUCCCAGUUAAGUGGCCAAAAAGCAGAGAUGAGGUGUGGAAAGCAAAUAUCCCGCAUACUCACCUUGCACAUGAGAAAUCUGACCAGAACUGGAUGGUUGAAAAGGGUGAAAAGAUAGUGUUUCCUGGAGGCGGGACUCAUUUUCAUUAUGGAGCUGAUAAGUACAUUGCAUCAAUGGCAAAUAUGCUUAACUUUUCGAACAAUAAUCUAAACAAUGAAGGAAGGCUGCGGACAGUGCUUGAUGUUGGCUGUGGUGUUGCAAGUUUCGGAGGAUACCUUCUUUCAUCUGAUAUCAUUACAAUGUCAUUGGCACCGAAUGAUGUACAUCAAAAUCAAAUCCAAUUUGCCCUAGAAAGAGGAAUUCCUGCAUACCUUGGUGUCUUGGGAACUAAGAGACUCCCUUACCCAAGCAGAUCUUUUGAACUUGCUCAUUGUUCUCGCUGCCGUAUUGAUUGGCUUCAAAGAGAUGGAAUACUGCUUCUUGAACUAGACCGCGUGCUCAGGCCAGGAGGUUACUUUGCGUACUCAUCUCCCGAAGCGUAUGCUCAGGAUGAAGAGAAUCUAAGGAUAUGGAAAGAAAUGAGCGAUCUCGUGGGACGUAUGUGUUGGAGAAUAGCUUCUAAAAAGGAUCAAACUGUCAUCUGGCAGAAACCUUUGACAAAUCAAUGCUAUAAAGAAAGAGAACCUGGUACUCGCCCUCCUCUGUGCCAGUCUGACGCAGAUCCUGAUGCAGUUUGGGGAGUAAAUAUGGAAGUUUGUAUUACACCUUACAGUGACCAUGACAACAAAGCUAAAGGUAGCGGCUUAGCUCCUUGGCCCGCAAGAUUGACCAGUCCUCCUCCUAGAUUAGCCGACUUUGGCUAUUCAAAUGAUAUGUUCGAAAAGGAUAUGGAACUAUGGCGAGAGAGAGUCGAUAAAUACUGGAGUCUCAUGAGUCAAAAAAUCAAAUCAAACACGAUAAGGAAUAUUAUGGAUAUGAAAGCAAACAUGGGUUCAUUUGCAGCUGCUCUUAAAGACAAAGAUGUUUGGGUGAUGAAUGUUGUCCCUCAAGAUGGACCAAACUCGCUUAAACUUAUAUAUGACAGAGGCCUCAUUGGUGCCACUCAUGACUGGUGUGAAGCAUUCUCAACAUACCCUCGAACUUACGACAUGCUCCAUGCAUGGAGUGUCUUGUCUGACGUAGCAAAGAAAGAUUGCAGUCCGGAGGAUCUAUUAAUUGAGAUGGACCGCAUACUCAGGCCAACCGGUUUUAUAAUCAUUCGUGACAAACAGCCAAUGAUUGAUUUUGUAAAAAAGUACAGGAUCAUUGGAGAACAGCUUUAUCAUAAGUCUUGUGAACUGUAUUCAAAGAUUAGCUCUUUGGAGGCAAAUAUUCCAAGAUAUUACUUUGAUGUCCGGCCACUUGAUGCAAAUCAGUUGCAGAAUUGGCAUGAUUAUCUGGAUUUUAUUGAACUUCAAGGGGAUUUUGACUGGGCUGUGAAACUUUACGAGAGAUGCUUGAUUGUCUGCGCCAAUUAUCCUGAUUACUGGAUGCGUUAUGCGGACUUCGUGGAAGCCAAGUCUCAGCAGAGAUUAUCCGGUGCCGACAGGAAGAAGCUAAAACGAACCAUUAGAGACAAAUUCCCAAGAGCUUCUGAUUCUGACCGAGACAUUCUACUUCCUCCUAAGGUAGAGAUAACAGUGGCCAAGUUUCAAACUCGAGUUCAUGUGUAUGCUGUGGAGGGAGGUUUUCCUGUGUUUUUCGACGUCGAUGGUCGCGGUUCGGACAUUUUCCCAACAGUUUAUGCUCUAUGGAUGGUCCCUGAGCUUCUGCCAGCUUUCAUACUCAAGGGUGGCGAGGUUUCUCGGUAUGUUAUAGGUGGAGCUGACUUGAUGUUCCCUGGUAUACUUGUGCCUCCUGAAGGUCUUCCAUCAUUUGCGGCUGGGGAAACAUGGGCGGUUAAAGUACCUGAAAAUCCUGCACCCAUUGCGGUUGGGAGUACAACGAUGAGCAGCGUCGAAGCUUUGAAAGCUGGGAAACGUGAAAAAACUGAGAAAUCUAUUAGUCUUGAAGUUCUACAACGUUAUUUCGCUGGGAGUCUUAAAGAUGCUGCAAAAAGCCUUGGCGUUUGUCCUACUACAAUGAAGCGCAUCUGCAGGCAGCAUGGUAUAUCCCGUUGGCCAUCUCGAAAGAUCAACAAGGUUAACCGUUCCCUGUCAAAGCUCAAACGUGAUAUUGAAUCUGUGCAAGGGGCUGAAGGGACGUUUGAUUUGAAUUCUCUCAACGCUAAUCAACUCCCAGUUGCUGGUUCUUUUCCCGACCAUUCUACUCCGAACAAGUCCAGCCAGCAAACUUCAUUAAACAUUAGUCCAUCAGAGCCUCAGAUGAAAGAGAAUGAAUUUUAUGCCCCUAAAGUAUUAGACACAAACAUACUCUGCACAACCAGCCUGCUACACACAAUAGCCAACAAAAAACAGCACAGCCCACAGACAAUACCCUGCUGCAAAACAGCCCCACACCAGACCAACAGACAAUAUUCUGCACAAACCGUACCAGUUGCGUCAAGACACACUAGCUGGCAGUACCUGCUAUGGCUGGUACAAACCGCAGGAAAACAACAUGCCAGACAAUUCCUGCACAUGAAAGCAACAGACAUGAAAUAA